AGCGCUUCAGUCUGAUGCCACUUCCGCAGUUGUACUGCGCUCAUUCGCCAGCGGGCAGUGAAGCCGUGUACCUGUUUCAGCUCAGUCAUGAGAAAGGGGAAACAACUGGGCGUCAGGACAAGCGGUUAUAAGGACCGACGUCAGCGCUGCUGCUGCAUCUAUACAAUGGAGUAAUACUGUGUGGAUUUAUUUAAUGUAUUUGUUUAGCCCGCUCGACGCGGAGUUGUUUGACGCCAGGUAGCCUCUGAGCUAGCUAGCGUCAGUUAGCUGUCCGGGUUUUCAGUGGCUGGUGUUCAGGAGCUGCUCCACUCGCCAGCCCGGGUUUAUCACAGGGGGACAAAGGGUCGGUAAAGCUGGCGAGGUAGCCCCAUGAUGAAUCGCUUCCGGAAGUGGCUGUAUAAGCCAAAGAGGUCGGACCCUCAACUACUCGCCCAGUUUUACUAUGCAGAUGAAGAGCUGAACCAGGUGGCCUCGGAGCUGGAUAGUCUGGACGGCAGGAAGGACCCUCAGAGAUGCACACUGCUCGUCAACCAGUUCCGCUCAUGCCAGGACAAUGUGCUGAAUAUCAUAAACCAGAUCAUGGAUGAGUGUAUACCAGAAGACCGAGCAAACAGAGACUUCUGUGUGAAAUUUCCGGAGGAGAUCCGCCAUGACAACCUUGCAGGACAGCUAUGGUUUGGGGCAGAGUGUCUAGCAGCAGGCUCAAUCAUCAUGAACCGGGAGAUCGAGAGUAUGGCGAUGCGGCCGCUGGCCAAAGACUUGACACGCAGUCUGGAGGAGGUGCGCAACAUCACCCGUGACCAAGCGCUGCGAGACCUCAACUUCUACACAGAGCGCAUGAGGGAGGCGUUGCGCCAGUUUGACAGCCUUUUUGCUGAGUUUGAGCUCAGUUAUGUAUCAGCCAUGGUGCCUGUAAAGUCUCCUAAAGAGUACUACGUCCAGCAGGAGGUGAUUGUGCUCUUCUGUGAGACUGUAGAGAGGGCCCUAAAGCUUGGCUAUCUCACACAAGACAUGAUCGAUGAUUAUGAACCUGCUCUCAUGUUUACAAUCCCCCGACUAGCUAUUGUGUGCGGACUUGUUGUGUAUCCUGAGGGACCUCUUAACCUGGAAAACAAAGCAGAGGACAUGUCUGAACUCUUCCGACCUUUUCGCACAUUACUGAAAAAAAUUAGGGACCUGUUGCAGACUCUGACGGAAGAGGAGUUAACGACUCUGGAGCGGAAUCUGUGUAUCUCACAGGAUGGGGAGUUUCCUGGAGACCCCAUCUCCUCUACCCCGGAGUCUGCUACCUCUAUCAACUCCAAGAGUCAGGUGGAGGAGUCACAGAAAAGAGAAGAGCAAAAGGAAGUGGAGAGGGUGACAGAGCUGGCUCUGUGUUCCUCUCAACGUGAGGAGGAUGAUGCAUGGGAGAAGGACCAGGAACAGCAAGAGGUCCCAAGUGAAGGAGAGGAGGACACUGAAGUGGACCUGGCCUGUUCCAUGCAGUAUGAUGAAGAGGAGAUUGAGCAGCUCAACAUGAUGGUACACCGUGUUGGUGAUCAUAUGUCCACACUGCUCUCACCCCCAAGCCAGAGGCCAUCUCCAGCUCAUUAUCGCCAGAAAAAAAAGCCCAGCGUGGGCGGGCCUGGUGUGUCCUCCAGCCUUGGGGAAUCGAGCGCACCAUCAAGCACUGAAAACUCUCCUCACCGAGCUCCUGGCUCCCAACACGAGGAAGAUGAGCGGGUCUUCUUCAUGGACGACCUGGAAGGCAUGGGCGGUGGUGGAGAUGCUGGAACUAGCUCAGGGGAAAUCCGUCAGGGACAGCGAGUCUCUCCCAUCGUGAACCUCAGCUCCCUCAAGCCCAUCAGGCCAGAGCCUACAAGUGACUCCACCUGCAAUGGAUGGAUGACGGCUUGUCAGUCAAAUGAGGAUUUUGAUCAGAGUAGCCAGGAUAAACUGUGCCUCUCUUCUGGACCUGCAGGAACCUCAGAAUCAUUACCACUUGUGAAUGGCUGGGAGGGGCAGCUGGACGGGCAGGAAGGGGAAGGCGGGGAGCCAGCAGAGGUCAUUGCUCACCGGACAGGCGGGAUGAAGCUGUCGGCCACUGUGAUCUUUAACCCACGCUCACCUAACCAGCCUGAUUUGGUGGUUUUGCCACGCUCAACUGAGGGAGCUGCACACCGCCUGCUCAAUUCCUGUGUGUGCUGCACUGCUGGAUGUGUCGAUGCCCAUGAUGAACCCAGUACCACAGAUACCACCACUGGAAAGGGGAAUCUGGAGUUUAGCAAGUGCAAGCUCACCAUCACAAGCACUGUUAUCCAGUCAGCAACGGGUGCCUGUGGCACGGGUAAGGGAGAUGCCCCUUUGCCCCUCCCACCUCCACCUGGCCCACAACAAUUGAGGGAGGAGGAUGAGGGCCAAGAGAGAGGAAGGCUUCCUCAUGCCCCCUGUUGUGAGAAGUGCCUUGCCAAUAACUCCAAGCUGUCCCCACAUAGAGACACUGAAGAGGACGAGCCAAGAGAUGAAUACCCCCAUCAGGAAAGAGCCUGUCGAGUAAUGGCUAGUAAUGGCUCUGCAGCAAAGGAGACACAGCCCAAAGAAGACAGCCAAAAUGACUCCAGUUUACAGGUAUCCCCUCUAAGUUCAGGCACCAGCAGUGACUGUGAGAGUGUGUCUGUCACCACUUGCAGUCUUUCCAGUUCAUCCACACCCAGUUUGACCACCAGCUCUGACAUGUCUGAGGAGCUUGAUCACCAGGAGCUUCAGCUGGCCCUGCAGGCUUCUAAACUGGUUGCUCACAACAAAAUACGUGCUCGCUUCCAUAGCAGUAGUGACCUCAUCCAUCGUCUGUUUGUCUGCAUAUCAGGUGUGGCUGAUCAAUUGCAAACAAAUUACGCAAGUGACCUGAGGAGCAUCCUGAAGACGCUGUUUGAGGUUAUGGCAACAAAAUCCGAGCAAGGGGAGAAUCAGAAGCAGAAGAAAGGGCCGAGAGUAGGAAGUGCUGGAUUAGAAGACUGCGCUCUUUGUCAAGAGACCAUGACCUCAUCGGAACUCGCAGCAAAGGCGCGGGACGGCCAGUUUGAAGACCCUCCUGAGUGGGUUCCGGAUGAGGCCUGUAACUCCUGCAUCGCCUGUAAGGCUCCUUUCACUGUCAUCCGGAGGAAGCACCACUGUAGAAGCUGUGGAAAGAUCUUCUGCUCGCGCUGCUCUUCACACUCAGCACCGUUACCCCGCUAUGGUCAGAUGAAGCCUGUGAGAGUGUGCACUCACUGCUACAUGUUUCAUGUCACACCUUUCUACAGUGACAGGACUAGUGUUUGACUGUAGCCCUGCCUUGCACCACCAUCACACAUGGACAUAAGCACAUUUAUCAUGCGGAGAGAUGGAAACGUUUAGCGAAACCUGCACACACUUUUUUUUUUUUUUUUUUUUUUUUAAACUGGUUGAGUUUGUGCAUGUGCACAGACACGCACAUUUAUUUAACCUAAAAUUAUAUAUAUAAAUGUAAAUACGGAUAUAUUACAAUACUGGAGAAGCAACACUGAGCAAAGAACAAAUUAGCUUUGAAGUACUGAUUCAUGAAUUAUCUAAAGUUAAUAAUAAAUGCUUAUUAUCAAGCACACUGAGAAAUGGCGCCAAAGUAUUUGCUGUAAUUUUCUUAAAUAGAGCAUGAAGUGAAUUGACAGAAGUGAAUUGUUAUCAGAGGUCCAGUCUUAGGGACUCUCACUCAGUGAUUAGUUAGAUUUUAAAAUUUUCUUAGUCUUUUGCUAAUGGCGAUUUGAUUUAAUAGUGUCAGAUGUUCAAUAGGGCUCAGAUUCUUUACUGAAUGUAAACCGUGACGAACACGUGAGCAACUGUGACAAGUAUAAAGACAAUAAUAUUAACAUUAUUUGCACCAUUGAUUAUGCCAAUAUGUGGUCAUCAUAACAUACUGAAGAUUUUUUUUUUUUUAUUACUAUUCAAAAUGUUUUAUUCAAGAAAAGAUGCUGCUCUCUGUAAUAUAAAAAGUGAGGCUUUAGAAUAUGUGGAAUGGCUGAAAAUGAUAUGUAUAUACGCUGAAGUGGUUAGUAUCUAAUAAAAUAAGAAGAUUUUUCUUUUAUGCUCUUAAUAGCAAUGAAUGUGUAACCAUAUAGAUGCUUUUUUUUUCUAUUAAUAUUUACUGAACUGGAAAGUAAUUGCCUUUUACAGCAAUGUCUGAUCCCUCAGCUAUUCUUUUAGACAAGUCCGUCCUGCCCUUCCCCCAAAAACUUACAAUCUGAGAUUUUUUUUAAUGUAAUCACAUGGACUUUGAUCUUUUGCAUGCUUCUUAGCAGUUCUUGAGGUGACAGCUUCUCUAAACACACUCAUUUGACCUAGUUUAAAAAAAAACAGACGUGGGGAAAACUUGAUUUGGGCAUUACACAGUGCUGUAAGAAUAAUAUCUCAGCACUAUUUUUGGUAGAAGUGAACAGUCCACCCCCUACCUCAUCUGUUUUGCAGAUUUCCUCUCAGUAUUGUACCACUUAACCUCAACUGUCUGACUUCCAAAAAAAAAAAAAAAAUCUUUACAAUUGUGUGCUUCUUUAAGACAUCCCUUCAUUGCCCCAGCAUUUAAUGUCUUCAAUAUUUCUUUUUCUAACUAUUGGGAAAAUGCACCUUUAUUUUUGUGCUUGAAUCUUUAGCUGUCAAAUAUAAUCCUAAAUUUCAUAAACAGUAAGCUAUUAAAAUCUUAUAAGGUCAAUAAUUUUAUCAGGCUUUUACACAUAGAAUCUAAUGUUUGUAUUCUUGUUAAUAACUUAAUUAUAAGCUAUUAACUAACUAUAAAUUAUAAUGCUAUCCACAUUCGUCCCAUUAGUUCUAAACAAAACUACUUUUUUGUUUGCAAAAAUGAUACUUUGAGAAAAUUCCUUUAUAAGAAAAUUUUUACUCUAGUUUCUCAGUUCAUACAGUUGCCUUCUUGUUCUUCACUCUAUAAGAGUUUACCUCAUUGCCUAUACCUCUAUGCUUAUAUAAAGUUCUGAGAUUUGACCAAGUUAGAGAAGUGUGAACACACUUUAAGAUACUAGUAUUCACAUCAGUGUUUCAAAUUCUGCUAACAAUUCCACAUUAUAUUUAUGAGAUUUAAUGGCCCUUUCUGCAAUGCUUAUGUAACAUUGUAACAGUACAUAUGCUAGCUAUUAACAGCCCUUGAAUCUGUCCUGCUUUUUCAGACACCGUUUCUGGUAUCCUCAAUGUUUGAGGUCUUCUAACAGCAGUACUCGUUGUACAUAGUACAUCAGUGUCUGCUAACUCAAAGCUUUAAAAUACAGUACCUCUCAACUGCUCAGUCUUUAUGCUUAUAUUAUUUAGUUAGUUAGUUGUUUUCAUUUUCAGCUAAAUAAGCUUUUUUUUUUGUUAUUGUUCCCACACAUCUUGGCAACCAAUUGUCUGCUACUGGGGUCCAUGGGAAUACUCUGUUGCUAGAAAAUUGCAUACAAUUGUUUAUGGCAUAAGAAGCAUAUGUAUUCUAGCCUCAAAGAUGUAAAAGGCUCCACACUUAAAUCUCUUUUGAUAGCUUUACACUAGGUUCCCUUAUGACACUGCUUCCUUUUUAAUGUUGUUGCUGCUCUUCAGGACUAUGACUGUACCUUGCCAUGAUGCUAGGGAAAGGUUAAUCUUUAAAGUUCUUAAUACUCAAAUUUGAUAAUGCAAACCAACAAAUCAACGAAAAGUUGAGAUCUUCCCAUGGUAGUGUUUCUUUGCAAAUCCAGCUACUGACCUGGUGUGUAAAAAGUUUGAAAUUUACUUGCCACCAAUCCUCAGGCCUCAAUAAUUGUGUGGUCAUUUUUGCAUUUUAAGAAGAAAAAAAAUUCUGUUUCUUUUACAAAGAACAAAAAUGAUGAUAAUAUAUAUAAAUGUACAAAUAAGGUUUUUCUGUAUAAAUGAUCUGUGAGAGAAUUGUACACCCUAUUUAUUCAAAGCUUGUUUUUAUUUUAUAAUGGCUGUUUCAAUUCAAUAAGACAUAAAGGAGAGCUUUUGAAAGUCUUAAAUUGAGUAUUUGUCAUGCAAUGAAAGUAAUAAAUGACCCUUUUUCCUUUAAAAACUAAGCUUGUCCUGU